AACGGUGCUCGUGAAAGGCAGCUGUCAUUAGUCAUCAUUAUUUGUUGUUUUGAUAGUGCGUGUUUAUGUUGACUGGCGUAGUUUGUACGUUUCUAGUAGUGAAAUUAUCGAAAACGAGUUUAUUAGCCCGAAUUCUGGCCUCCCUUUGCCGAUAAUGCAUAUAGAUUUUAGCUACGGCAAUCAUGUCACAGGAAGACUUAAAUUUAACAACGUGUUUGAAAAAAUUAGAGAUAGAAACUAACACCGCAAGCAAACCCGAACCGCCGACCGAUACACCCAUCAAUCCCUUUAUGAGGCGAAGAAGGUCGAAAUCCUUGUCGAGCAUAAAUUUUGGCAAGUCCUGCGACUGUCAGAAAAAGUCUCAAGCAGUUAAACAGACGACGUCGUUCAAACGGUCCAGCAAAAAGAUCCUCAGAGACCCGGUGCUCAAGUUCAUCAAAUGCACGCACAGCGAAAGCAAAAACAGGGCCAAGCAGAAGGAGAAGUUGUUCGGGCAAUGCUCCAAGUUGGAGGAAUGUAAUUUCAAGACGAUUUUAAAUGGUUGCGAACAGUUGAGUUUAAACACCAGCUCGUCUUCGGACUCUAACGUAUACACUUCGCCUAGUUUUUUAAACGCACGCUCGCAAUCCAGCACAAACAUCUGUAGAAGCGAUUCUAACAUCGGUAGCUGCUCGCACCAAGCGAGAAUGAACCUGGCGCCCCCUUGUGACGUAACGAUAGACGAAUUAGCCAGUUAUUUCGAGACUUUUGUACAUAUACCGAAAAAAAUGAGCUCCAUGGCGGAAAUGAUGUAUAUUUAACUGUGUGUCUGAUAUUUAUUUUCUUUUUUGUAACUAGAGGGUAAAUUAGAGAGCCAAGAAUGAUCUGUAUUGCUUUUGCAAAAGAUUGAAUAAAUAAAGUGUAGUGGACUAUUUAAUAUUACAUUUGCAGUGGUGAUUUACUGUUUUACGAAAUUAUUUAUAAAUACAAAUGUUGUCUAUGGCACCGUUUAUUUGUAGGACGAGAUAAUGUCAUUUUAUUUUAAUCAGUUGAGGGACUUAUCUUUCUAUAAUAAAUAAAUGUUUUCAUACAAAAAA